AUGACGGUGCGCCGAAUGUUUUGCUUUCUCCUUCCUCCACCCUCCCACCACCGACUCUCCCGCUCCUCUCUCGCGCACGCACACCUGCCCCAUAUACGCAUGUCAGCGCACUUCGCACAGUGUCGAAGCACACACGUGCACACGUACACGCACACACACGUACACACACACGACACGCUCGCGCGAGCUGCUUGCCGCCUUUGCACCUCCUCCCCACCCGUUCGGGCGAGAGAAAUGGCCCUCCUUGCACCCAAGGCGCUGCACAAGCGCGUCAAGGGCACAAACGUGGAGGUACGCAAGGAGGUGACGGACGACAACACCGACGCACAGCUGGCUCUCCUCUACUCGAUUCACGCUGAUGAUGAGACAGAGCUGCGGUGGCUCCACAACACGCUGCGGCCGGAGCGCAACCUGGUCCACCCCUCCGAUGCCUUUCUGCACGGCAUCAAGGCGCUGCACCCAGCCGCUGUCUUUAACACGUUCGACGUGAAGAAGGCGAAGCUGCGACGACUCACAAAGUACGAGAAGGAUAAAGAAACCGCCAUGAAGCGGCGCAAGAAGGAGGUGGCCCCCACCGCUGCCUACAAGGCCGCCGUCAACCCCCACAAGACCCCACGCACCGGCGGAGCGGCGCCAGCGGAUGAGGUGCGCGUGCUAUCGCGGGGCAUGAACAAGGCGCAGAAGGCGCGUAGCCGCACACGGACUGCCCAUAAGUCUGGCAAGGUGGUCAACGGUGCCGAGGCGCCAAAGGGUUUCUUCACCAAGUGGAAGAAGCGCAAGCUGGAAAAGAUCGGCCGGGGUCUGUGA